AUGGAGGUGCUGAAAUCCCUGCAAAACGUAACAAGACUGAGCAGCCAUGUCGUUCGCGUUCUUGGCCAGAAUCCAGGAAAAUUUACGCUGCAAGGAACAAAUACAUACCUCGUCGGCAAAAGUCCUCCAUUUAUACUCAUUGACACAGGAGAAGGCCGGGGAGAAUAUUUACCUAUCUUGGAGAGUGCCUUACUCUCUACACGAGAUGAAGUGUAUGGAACUUCGCAACCAGGACGUUUGGUGUCCGACAUCGUUAUAACACAUAGACAUCAUGAUCAUUAUGGCGGCGUUCCGGAUGUUCUGAAACUGCUGCAGAAUCUUCAUGGGGAGAACAAUGUUGAUAUGGAUAACGUUCGACCUCGGAUACACAAAUAUCCCUCCCCACCGGAGACAAUAGACUGUAGCGACGAGCGCGACCUACAGUCCGUUCUCUCUAGAAUCCCGAAAGGCGUAUAUUAUCCGAGUCCCUCUGGCUCUGUCGUACAUGACUUACAAAACUUCCAACAACUUGAAACGGUGGAUAAGUCUGCUUCUCUCGAGAUCAUCCAUACACCUGGACAUACUCCAGACUCGAUAUGUCUACUUUUGAGAAGCAGGGAUGAAACGGAAGCACGACCGAAUGUCCUCUUUUCGGCGGAUAGCGUCCUUGGUCAGGGAACUGCUGUCUUUGAGGACCUCGGCAUGUACAUACACAGCCUCCAACAAUUACUUGCACGUCGCAACGACAGCGGUACUGGCACGGAUUUCAAAUUGAUCUACCCAGGCCAUGGACCAGUUGUCGAAGACGGGCCUGGACUUGUUGCUACUUAUAUCAAGCAUCGCUUGGAACGUGAAUCGCAAAUCAUAGAAGUUCUUAACAGUGGGCCACCAACCAAAAACAACGGAGAUGAUGGAUCUUCUGCGUGGACAAUAUGGGAUAUCGUCGGCCAAAUCUACAAGGACUAUCCAGAGAAUCUAUGGCUGCCCGCUGCACAUAGUGUCGAACUCCAUUUAAAGAAGCUGGAAGUCGACGGCCGAGUAAGGUGCUUGGGCGGAGAUGGCGUGAAGCAGAGAUGGGUGUUGUUAUCGAGGCUAUGA